UGGGAUGUAUUAGUGAGUGCAUGGCUGGAGCCCAGUGCUGGGUAAGCCGAGGAACUCUGCACGGAGUGAACAGCCUGGACAAGCCCUCCUCUUCUCUGAGAUCUUUACUGUUGCAGUCCUUAUACAGUAGCCGUAGCUGUGUGCUUUGCUUUGACCCAUGACUCUGUGCCUCUCCUGUGAAGAGCCAGGAAAAUACAGUCGUGUGGCUAGGUGGGAUUCUUUUUGGUCCCUUCCACGUUUUUUGUGUGUGUGUGUGUGGCCUUUUGUGAUGUUGUCUGAGCAGAGGACGGUCCAUCACGGCUGGUAGCAAAAGGAACGGGCCAUGAGGGGUUGCACCUCCUGGUGUGAUGUGCGAUGAUUAUCCAAGGCUGCAGGGCAGGGAGAGCUGAGUUCUGCUGUGAGUGUGACAUCCCCUCUGCCAACUGGAUCACCGCUGCGGUGUCUGACGGUGAUGAGUAGAACAAGGGUUAAAGAGGGUUCGCCCAGAUUGAAAUGGUCCCGGUGAACGGAGCAACUUUGUAACGGCAGCUAGUACUUAUCUGUGUAAAACCGGCUGCAACCCCGCUGUGAGCUGCCGCCACCUUGACAGAUGCGCUGUGCUGCCUUCAGGAUCUCGCACAGAUGUUCCUCGUCCACCCGACAGGAAGCUUCGUCGAGCCAAGAUUAGCUUACUGAAGUCACCAACAGCAGUGAUUUUUUUCAAAGCUUUCCGGCUAUGCAGUGAAGAUCUGCAGCUAAGAAGCAGCUAUUUUUUUCCUCUCCGUGAAAGGUUAUAAAUGAUUAGCCCUUAUGACCAACAUGAGCUGGAGUUUUCUCACCCGUCUGCUAGAAGAAAUUCACAAUCACUCCACUUUUGUGGGGAAGGUCUGGCUCACCGUGCUGAUCGUCUUCCGUAUCGUCCUGACGGCUGUCGGAGGGGAGUCCAUAUACUCAGAUGAACAGAGCAAAUUCACGUGUAACACCAAGCAGCCGGGCUGUGACAACGUCUGCUACGAUGCCUUCGCACCGCUAUCACACGUCAGGUUCUGGGUCUUCCAGAUCAUCAUGAUCUCAACCCCUUCCAUCAUGUACCUGGGCUAUGCCAUCCACAGGAUCGCUAGGUCCUCCGAGGAGGAGAAGAGGCUUAAGGUACUCAAGAAGAAGAAGAAGCAGUUUGCUUUGAACUGGCAGGCUGUCCGUAACUUGGAAGACCCUUUGGAAGCAGACGAAGAGGAGCCCAUGAUCUCCGAUAACACGGUGGAAAAUGAGGAGAAAGCCAAAGCAAAUAAGAAGACCAAGGAGCAGCAGAAGCACGAUGGGAGGAAACGCAUCCAGCAAGAAGGACUGAUGAAGAUUUACGUCUUCCAGCUCAUUGCCAGAGCUUCAUUUGAAGUUUGUUUCUUGGUUGGGCAGUAUUUUCUCUAUGGCUUUGAGGUGGAAGCAUAUUUCGUCUGCAGCAGAGCCCCUUGCCCUCACACCGUGGACUGCUUUGUGUCAAGGCCGACAGAGAAGACCAUCUUCCUCCUGGUGAUGUAUGUUGUGAGCUGCCUGUGUCUGUUGCUCAACAUGUGUGAAAUGUUCCACUUGGGGUUUGGGACCAUUAGAGAUGCCAUUCGCAACAGAAAGAUUAAUAGUUUCAGGCAGCCUCCAUACAACUAUUCCUACUCGAAGAAUAUCUCCUGCCCUCCCGAGUAUAACCUGGUUGUGAAAUCGGAGAAGCCUGCAAAGGUCCCAAAUAGCUUGUUAGCCCAUGAGCAGAACUUGGCUAAUGUUGCUCAAGAACAACAGUGCACAAGCCCAGAUGAGAACAUCCCGCCAGAUCUGUCCACCCUUCAUAAACACUUGAGGGUGGCCCAGGAGCAGUUAGACAUAGCAUUCCAGAGCUACAAUGCCACUCAGGCCAACAUGCAGCCUUCCAGAACCAGUAGCCCACCUUCAGGUGGGACUGUGGUAGAACAGAACAGGGUCAAUACUGCCCAUGAGAAACAAGGCGCUAAGCCCAAAGCCAGUUCAGAAAAAGGUAGUUCUAGCAGCAAAGAUGGAAAGACUUCUGUAUGGAUAUAAUUGGGUGCUUGACCAUAGCUCACAGACAGGGCAAUGUAAGUAGAGGUUUGUUUUUUUCCCAGCAUUGUCUAGAAUUCAAUUCACAGAGCACAGGCACAAUUUGUACGUGGGAGUAAAUGUAGCUGAAGGAUGAGUUGUUUCAAACGUUACAUUUGAAUAAUGUCUUCUGGUGCGUUAACAAAGACACUCCCUUUCUUGCCUAGUCCAUAUUCUCUCUGGGAACCUCCGUCGAGCUAAACUGUAUGGUGCCCUCCCACCCCCCGGCACUGCUUAGGGGUGGGAGUAACAGCCUUUCUUCUUAUGUCACUUACUAGCUGUUUGCCCAGGAUGACCCACUGCAGGCUCUCUGCGACAGAGACUGGACUGACAAACGAGCUGGCUGGCGGGAAGGGGACUCUGUUGAUCAUUCAGAAGAAAAGUCAUGACUACCCCGAGCAACUCAUGUUCUGCAUCAUGAG